AAAACACGCCCAUCUUCAUGUGUAAAUGUUGUAACCUUUUCUCACCAAACCAGUCGGAACUCCUCUCCCACGUUUCUGAGAAGCACAUGGAAGAAGGGGUUAAUGUUGAUGAGAUCAUUAUUCCCCUUAGGCCUCUGAGCACUCCUGAACCCCCCAACCCAAGCAAAACCGGAGAUGAGUUUUUGGUCAUGAAGAGGAAGAGAGGCAGGCCUAAGGGGUCCACGAAGAAACCCAGUGCCGAAGAGGAGCUGGCAGAAAACAUUGUGAGUCCAACCGAGGAUAGUCCUCUGGCUGCAGAGGAAGGGAGCAGCCUGGCUCCAAGCAGCUUGGAGUGUAGCAAGUGCUGUCGGAAGUUUUCCAACACGCGCCAGCUACGGAAGCACAUCUGCAUCAUCGUGCUGAAUUUGGGUGAGGAGGAAGGAGAAGCAGGUAAUGAGUCUGACCUUGAACUAGAAAAGAAGUAUAAGGAAGAUGAUCGAGAAAAGGCCCCGAAAAGACCACGGACGCAGAAAACAGAGAAAGUCCAGAAGAUCUCCUCAGGGAAGGAGGCUGGGCAGCUCUCUGGGGUGAAGAAACCCAUCAUAAGUGUGGUUUUAACUGCACAUGAAGCCAUUCCAGGUGCUACCAAGAUUGUUCCGGUGGAGGCUGGGCCCCCCGAAAUAGGAGCUACAAAUCCUGAGACCACUGCUGCAGACCUGGUGCCUCGGAGAGGGUACCAGGAGUAUGCCAUUCAGCAGACACCGUAUGAGCAGCCGAUGAAGUCAAGCAGGCUAGGUCCCACUCAGCUCAAAAUCUUCACUUGUGAGUACUGCAACAAGGUCUUCAAGUUCAAGCACUCACUGCAGGCCCACCUGAGGAUCCACACCAACGAGAAGCCGUACAAGUGCCCCCAGUGCAGCUACGCCAGCGCCAUCAAGGCCAACCUCAACGUGCACCUGCGCAAGCACACUGGCGAGAAGUUCGCAUGUGACUACUGCUCGUUCACCUGCCUGAGCAAGGGCCACCUCAAAGUGCACAUCGAGCGGGUGCACAAGAAGAUCAAGCAGCACUGCCGCUUCUGCAAGAAGAAGUACUCUGAUGUCAAGAACCUCAUCAAGCACAUCCGAGACGCACACGACCCACAGGACAAGAAGGUCAAGGAGGCCUUGGAUGAGCUUUGCCUGAUGACCAGGGAGGGCAAGCGGCAGCUGCUCUAUGACUGCCACAUCUGUGAGCGCAAGUUUAAGAACGAGCUAGACCGAGACCGCCACAUGCUGGUCCACGGUGACAAGUGGCCCUUUGCCUGUGAGCUCUGUGGCCAUGGGGCCACCAAGUACCAGGCAUUGGAGCUGCAUGUCAGGAAGCACCCCUUUGUGUAUGUCUGUGCUGUGUGCCUCAAGAAGUUUGUCAGCUCCAUCAGGCUGCGCUCCCACAUCAAAGAGGUGCACGGGGCUGCCCAAGAGACCUUGGUCUUCACCAGCUCCAUCAACCAGAGCUUCUGCCUCCUGGAGCCUGGUGGGGACAUCCAGCAGGAAGCCUUGGGGGACCAGCUGCAGCAGGCAGAAGAGGAGUUUGCGUUGCAGAGGGUGAAUGCACUCAAGGAAGAGUCCCAUCCUGGGGACACUCGGCCCGAGGAGGGACACAAGGAGCUGGAGGCCCAUAGGGAAAUGCCUGCCCCGGCUGGGCAUCUAGACUGCACCCAGGCCAAAAGUGCAGCCCUGCCGCCCUGUGAGCUGGAAACCACUGUGGUCUCAUCAGAUCUGUCUUCUCAUGCAGUGGUUUCAGAUGAUUUUUUGUUGAAAAAUGAUAGCUCUUCUGCUGAGGGUGACACUGCUCCUGAUAAGCCCUCAGACACCCAGCACCGAGGUUCGGAUCAGACUCAGGGUGAAGUAAUCACGCUACUACUCUCCAAGGACCAAAGUGCUGGGCCAAACAAGGAGACCCAGGGUGCCAAGAGCCCCCCAGGGGAAGGUCAGAGAAUGGCUGCCCUUCCGGACAGUGACCCCGAUCCCAGCAGAUGUCUCAGGUCAAACCCAGCAGAAGCCUCAGACCUCCUUCCUCUAGUAGCUGGUGGUGGGGACAGUGUCACGCACCAGCCUGACUCUUGCAAAGCUGCCCCUGAGCACCGGUCCAGCAUGACUGCAUUCAUGAAGGUCUUGGACAGUUUACAGAAGAAGCAAAUGAACACCGGCUUGUGCGAGAGGAUCCGGAAGGUUUAUGGAGACUUGGAGUGUGAAUACUGUGGCAAACUUUUUUGGUACCAAGUGCAUUUUGAUAUGCAUGUCCGCACCCACACCCGGGAACAUCUGUAUUAUUGCUCCCAGUGUCAUUACUCUUCCAUCACCAAAAACUGCCUUAAACGUCAUGUAAUUCAGAAACACAGUAACAUCUUGCUGAAGUGUCCCACUGACGGCUGUGACUACUCGACUCCAGAUAAAUAUAAGCUACAGGCACAUCUUAAAGUUCACACAGCACUGGACAAAAGGAGUUAUUCUUGUCCUGUCUGUGAAAAGUCUUUUUCAGAAGAUCGAUUGAUAAAGUCACAUAUCAAGACCAACCAUCCUGAGGUCUCCAUGAGCACCAUUUCUGAGGUUCUGGGGAGGAGGGUUCAGCUGAAAGGGCUGAUUGGAAAGAGAGCCAUGAAGUGCCCGUAUUGUGAUUUCUAUUUCAUGAAGAAUGGCUCAGACCUCCAGCGUCAUAUUUGGGCUCAUGAAGGUGUGAAACCCUUCAAGUGUUCUUUGUGUGAGUAUGCCACUCGUAGCAAGAGUAACCUCAAGGCUCACAUGAAUCGUCACAGCACUGAGAAAACCCACCUAUGUGACAUGUGUGGCAAGAAAUUCAAAUCAAAAGGGACAUUGAAAAGUCACAAGCUCUUGCAUACUGCUGACGGGAAGCAGUUUAAGUGCACGGUGUGUGACUACACAGCAGCCCAGAAGCCACAGCUGCUGCGGCACAUGGAGCAGCACGUCUCCUUCAAGCCUUUCCGCUGUGCCCACUGCCCUUACUCCUGCAACAUAUCUGGCUCUCUGAAGCGGCACUACAACAGGAAGCACCCCGACGAGGAGUACGCCAACGCCGGCACCGGGGAGCUAGCGGCAGAAGUGCUCAUUCAGCAAGGUGGCUUGAAGUGCCCUGUGUGCAGCUUUGUGUAUGGCACCAAAUGGGAGUUCAACAGGCACUUGAAGAACAAACAUGGCUUGAAGGUGGUGGAAAUUGAUGGAGACCCCAAGUGGGAGACAGCAACAGAAGCUCCUGAGGAACCCUCCACCCAGUAUCUCCACAUCGCAGAGGCUGAAGAAGAUGUUCAGGGGACACAGGCAGCAGUGGCCGCGCUCCAGGACCUGAGAUACACCUCUGAAAGUGGUGACCGAUUUGACCCCACAGCCGUAAACAUCCUGCAGCAGAUCAUCGAGCUGGGCACCGAGACCCAUGAUGCCACUGCUCUUGCCUCGGUGGUUGCCAUGGCACCAGGGACGGUGACUCUGGUCAAGCAGGUCACCGAUGAGGAGCCCAGCUCCAACCACACGGUCAUGAUCCAGGAGACCCUCCAGCAAGCCUCCGUGGAGCUGGCCGAGCAGCACCACCUGGUGGUGUCCUCCGAUGACGUGGAGGGUAUCGAGACAGUGACCGUCUACACGCAGGGCGGGGAGGCCUCCGAGUUCAUCGUCUACGUGCAGGAGGCCAUGCAGCCCGUGGAGGGGCAGGCUGUGCAGCAGCCGGCCCCAGAGCUCUAGAGGACACACAGCAAUGGACACCCACCAUGCAGGGCUGCUGGGCUCUGCAGGCACCCAGGGCAGGGGGCUGCCCAGCCUGCCUGGCCCAUGGAAUGGCACUCUCCUCUCCCUCCUUGUCUGGCAGCCCAAUGGGACAUUCCUCGUCCUACUUUGGGGGACAAGGCAGUGGCAGCACCAGCAACACCCCCGUCCCCAGCACAGACACACACCCCAACCCUGUGCCAUCUGCUUCUGUAAAGACUUCUGCACCAGCUCCCCGCACACACCCAAACUGUGCCCCCAAGACUCCCUGUCCCCACAGCCUCUUCCCCGAGUUACCCCAGCCCCUGGAUGCCCACCUACCUAGGUGCCGAAUCUCCAUCUGGGACCGCUGUGCGGUCUGGUGAGAGGAGACAGCCAUCACUUAGAAAGUGACCUUACUGUUGUGAAUCACUGCCGGGGGUGUGUCGGGGGGUUGUCCUGGCUUUAUCUGCAAAGCACCUGGGAUCAAAGGAGGUAACCAUGACUCGCCCCCAUCACAGGGUCUCAUCUUGCCAUCAUGGAAUUUUUUGCCCUUAGAAAGAAUGCACUUUUCACUCUUCACCUCCCGUUCUAAGGGGUCGAGUGGA